CCUGAGUCGAGAAUACAAAGGGCUGCUCAAGCGCCGCGUGGUGAGCAAGUUUCUUUCCCUCAUUUUUGCUGCGGUGUUGAAGACGUUUCGUGUCCUCGCGACUUAAAAAAAUGCGUUACGUCGCCGCUUAUCUCCUGGCCGCGAUGGGCGGAAACAAGGACCCAUCGGCUGCCGACGUCGAAAAGAUACUCGGCAGCGUCGGCAUCGAAAGCGAUGCCGAGCGCGUCAAAAAGGUGAUCAGCGAACUCAAGGGGAAGUCUGUCGAAGACGUCAUCGCCAAGGGCAAGGAAAAGCUGGCGUCUAUGCCGUCCAGUGGAGGCGGUGCUGCUCCUGCUGCUGCAUCUCCGGCCGCUGGCGGUGCUGCCGCUGCGCCCAAAGAAGCAGCCAAGAAGGAGGAGAAGAAAGAAGAAUCCGAGGAGUCCGGAGACGACAUGGGCUUUGGCUUGUUUGACUAGAGGCCCCCUCAAUAAAACCAACAUCUCCAUCAGCCGCCAA